AUGGGCUGGUUCAACUCCUCCUCUAGUCGACACCACUCUUCCUCUCGCCCAGGCUACGCCCGCUCCUACGCCGGGUCUUCCUACUCCUCCACCUCGCGCCACCACGCCUCAACCUCGCGCUACAAGCGCUCCCCACGCGACGGCUACAUCCAAUACCUCUACCACAAGUUCCGCGAGCUGCUGCACCGCCUGUGGUCCUACGCGCGGCGACACCCCUUCAAGGUCUUCUUCAUGGUCAUCAUGCCUUUAGUCUCGGGCGGUGUGCUCACCAAGCUCGCGCGGAAAUUUGGCGUCAACCUGCCGGACAUGGGUGGUGCCCAGGGUGCACGAGGGGGAGGGUAUACCGGGGAGGGCAUCAGGGAGGGUAUUAUGGGAGUGAGGGGUAUGGGAGGAAGGAGGCGGUGGUGGUGGCGUUGCGGGGAGUGGGAUGAAUUUGCAGAACGUGGCGAGUUCGAUUGGGGGUUUGGCUAG